AAGUGGUGCUGGUAUUUCUUGAUUUUGUUUAUUUUUCAUCAUAGUUUGGAGUACUUUUAUUCCGUUUUCCUUGAUUCAGCUCAAUCUGUAGGCAUUUAGCUAUUUACAUGCAGGAACACUGUAUAUUAUACUUCCUGUAAUCUAGCAUGGCAAUUUAUAUCGAGGUAAUUUAUGAGCCUGUAGUAAUGACCUUCAGAUACAGUAGUUGUUUCUUAUGGCAUAUGCAGUUCCCCUUCAAUAGAGAAUCAAUGAUAUUAAUAUUUCCUAAUCGAUGAUGGCUGCCACCAGUCCUUCGUCGACUUGGAUUGAUCUUGAAGAUGAUAAACGAUGCAAGUAAGCUUCCAACAGAUCUGAGUUAUGUGGGUGCUGAAACCAUCUUCCUUCCAUUGAUUGAUUGAAUGUCCAUGUGCUAUGUGUACCAACUUGCCCUUACUAAAGAGCAGAAUGUAUGUUUUUCGCAAUUGCAUGUCUAAAUAAACCUAACAGAACCAAGAAAGCAUAUGAAAUGGCAUAAAAGGAAUUUGAUUUAUGUGCAUAUCUUCUGAGUUUGUGAAGGUAGCACAGCAGUACAGCACUGUAUUUGGCUGCUCAUUUCUUAACAAGGUAAAAUCUUGUGUGCCACAAGAUACUUCUUUUUCGUGGUUGAAUGUCAAGAGACAGAAAUUCAACCAUCUCAAUCCAGUUCAACAAUCAGCUCUUUACAAUUCUGAAGUCCAGAUUAUUGUGGAUUUUUUUGUGCUGUGUGUCUGACUGUGACACGCAGAAUAAGCUUCCAUACUAGCACUCUUCUGUCUACGGCAUCAUCUUUAUUUGUGGAACUGCACUGUACUCUUAUGUUGCAUGGUUUUAACAUGUUUCCAUCAUCUCCUUGUCUUUUAGCCUUGUGGGUAGCUAGGAAUGAGCUUUACUCAAAAUGGCAUGACAUGUAUUGGUACAAGAUACAUGUUGAAACCUUGAGCUUAAUUUCUAACCCAUUCAUCAAGUCUUCAGCUUCUCAAGACCCGGCCUUCAGAACACUAUCCUUGAAAAAUGGGGAAAAGAAAGCUAUUGCUUUAAUAUAGAAACAAGAGAAAUGUAACUUAGUAAACACGUUUCUUGUAACAAUUGGGCUGAACAAAAAGUAAAUGCUAAGAAACGUCCAAAAACUGAUAGUAUCCUUCUCUGCAUGAGUUAUCGAUUUCAUAAUAUGAAUGCUGAAAGGUUUCUAGCGCACAGUGAUGUGUCGUGAAAACAUGUGGUACAAUUGUUUGUGGUCGUUUUUUUUGCUCUGUUUACAUUAAAGUGUUUCUUCUUAAAUUUGAAUUCAAUGCAGAAGUGUCCUAAAUGAUGCUACAGGCCAAUAGAACUUCAAUACUUUAUUGUUUGCUAUGUUUAUCUUAAAUAUCAACAGAUCCAUCAAAUAAAAAGUGCUUAUCUUUUAAAAAUAAAGGUGAUAUUCCAGCGAUUGUUGUUGAAUAUAUUGAUACUUCCAUCCAUAACCAAAGGAGCUUUCGAUUAUGAAGCCAUAGAUCAUAGGUUUUGUUUCAAAAAAUAAUGAGAAUAAGGUAAUUAAUAUGCCUUAAGAUUUUUUGACGCCAUAGAUCAUAGGUUUUGUUUCUUUCAUGGUGAAUUAUAUUGAAGUCACCAAGGAGGAGAACCAAAUAAUUUGUCUUGUCAUCCUUUCUGUUGAGUUUAAGUGUGCUCCUUAACCAAACUAUCUUGUUUCUUUUACCUGUUAUCUUGGUGAUGAGAAUGAAACAAUGGACCUUAAUUCACCAACUUUUCUGUCCUAUUAACUUCAGACCUGUAGGUUGUCAAGAGACAAUUGGUCCUUUUAAUUUAUAACCUAGACCUUGCCAAUCAACCGUUUGGUGUAUUAGAUGGGCAAAGUAUAUAGUCAAACAAUAUUGUAAACAUACAACUUGUUCUUAUUGUCAAAGAAAGCUGUUGCUGAAAUUUUACUGAAAGCAAUGUAUAUGUUUGUCUGGGCAUGCAGUCUGCCAGAGGAAGUCUUGCUCAGUUUUUCCUUUUGCUGGUACAGCGGAGAGAGACUGUCCUUAACUCUUAACAUCCAAAUAGGAAUAUGAGUUUUUGAUGAUUGGAUCACAUCUGAGCAUAUGUGCUGAAUGAUUGAUGUAGUAAUAGUCAAAGCUGCUGCAACAUACAUAAUCUGAACUGCAGGAUCUUGGGUUGACCCAGGUCACUACCGUAUAAUGAUAAAUUCAGUUUUAUAGUAAUCCUCAUGCAUUCAUGCAUGUCAUUGAAAUCGAUGAGGUUUAUCACUUAUAUUCAAUGAACAAACUUAGUGCCAUAUUUACUGGAGAUCUAACUUCUAUGUUUGAAAGUUCUAUCUUCGAUAAGAGAUGAAAUACACUUGUGGGGUAUGGCUGGGGCUCGACGAAUUUCGCAUCUCCUCGCCCUCAUACCACAGCUCGAUUUUUUGUAGGUGUUUUUUCUGGUUCAGUUUUGGGUCAGGACCGGCUAGAAAAAGGAAGUGUAAUAGUUUUUGGUUAGUGUGGUGGUGUUCAGGUUGUUUCUAAAAAACCUGUGUAAGUUUGCUUGGGUUCUAUACCCUUUCUCCUUCUUAAUAUAUUGAUACGCAGCUCUCCUGCGUGUUCGAGAUUCUAUGUUUGAAAGUAUGCUUGCUAGUCCAGAUUUAUUUAACGUGCACAUGUUCUGUAUCAAUUUUGAUUGGAUCCAUACCAUGGAGUCCCAGUCAUUUAUCUAACCAGAACUGCUUUAGAAUUAAUGGUGACAUGUGAAACUAACAGAAAUUAUAACUUGCUACACUGUGGAAGAGUUUCUUGUUCAUUCGCUAGGCUCCAGUUUCACAUCAUUCCUCAUGGGCAACUUUAUUUGUGAAGUAUCUAAAGUCCAUUAGCAUUGCUUACAGAUUAUUGCAGUUUAGAUUUUGGUGAUCAAGCAUUAGCAUAUCUAUCACAUUCAUCUCAAUCCCAUUGCUGUCAUGUGAUUAAUUCAUAGACAUACCUCCCUUGGGUUUUUUUAUUAUAAGUUAUUGCACUACUUUUUUAUUCUAAUAUAUUUUUGGAUAGCAAUCUUCUUAUAGUUAAGGACAAGAUAACAUUUAAGCAAAAGACUCUGCAUCAUUGUUUGUACAGUUUAGAUUGGAAGCCUAGACGACAAAGCAUAUUUGACUUUCAAUUAUGCCUUUUCUUUCAAAGGAAAAGUAGCCAAAGAAUUCUUCCCCUUUUUGGCUCUACUUUCCAUUUCUUUUAAGAAACAUUUAACCGCUGAUAUGUUUCUUUGCAGCUAAUUAGAAACGCCUCUUGGCUCUUGCCCACAUCACUAGGGAAAAGAACACAGGUUUUCUGGUAGCCUAAUGUAGUAAAAUGGUUAAAAAAACAACUCCUGUAUCUGUAAAAGAUGCAAAUAGUAAUAAGAAAACUUGAGAGCUCAUGUUGGCUGCAUCAUUGUUUGUACAGUUUAGAUUGGAAGCCUAGACGACAAAGCAUAUUUGACUUUCAAUUAUGCCUUUUCUUUCAAAGGAAAAGUAGCCAAGUAAUUCUUCCCCUUUUUGGCUCUAAUUUCCAUUUCUUUUAAGAAACAUUUAACCGCUGACAUGUUUCUUUGCAGCUAAUUAGAAACGCCUCUUGGCUCUUGCCCACAUCACUAGGGAAAAGAACACAGGUUUUCUGGUAGCUUAAUGUAGUAAAAUGGUUAAAAAAACAACUCCUGUAUCUGUAAGAGAUGCAAAUAGUAAUAAGAAAACUUGAGAGCUCAUGUUGGUGCAUUUACUGUUCUGUUAUUUUAAGAGCCAUAUGGAAAAUCAUUUGCAUGCUCAAUUAAGUAGCGCCAUUGAGAAUAUGUGGAACGCAUAUAGAAAGUACACUUGGGAAAUCCUCUUUGUAAAUGUUUAGCCUUGUACAUUAUUCCUUAGAAGAAUUAAACAAAUGCAAAGGUUAAUGGUAUAUAAAACUUUAGACCCAACAAUGAUUAGCCAGUCUCCUCCCUAUGAAGCAUUUUAGUAAUCCAAUCUAUUAUCUUAUUCUUAACGUACUUGGUACUGUGAAAGUAUAAUAUCUUCCAGUCAACCCUAUGAUUAGCCUAAAAGCACUAUAUAUAUAGUGCUUGCUAUUUGCUUACUAGCUCAUUUAUUCAUGCCCUUCCGUAUUCAUUACAUGGAGCUUGAGCUUAGUCUAGGGGAUUCUCCAGCUCCAGCAAAGGGCGCUUCCACGCCUGUGCUGACACCUACACAUGCAGGCAAAAGAGAAGACCACGAGCUUGUGCUAGAGCUAGGCGUAGGAACUGUCAAAAGAACUGAACAAGACAAUCAGAAGACACAGCAGCAACCAGAAGAAGAUGCACAUAAUCAGGAAGAAGAUGGUGAAGCAUGUUUUCACAGCGAAUCACCUGUCGAGCUGAGCCUCGGCUGCCCGCUGCUGCCUGCCUCAGCAGGAAUAGGGAGUUUGAAUUCAGAGGAGUGCAGACGAGAAUUUGAUGUGAGCACUUUUGUGGUGGAUGGAGACACAGUACAAGGAAGAUCUUUGUCGACUUCGUCCUUGCCUAUGGAGGUUCCUGUUCGGCAGGCAGCUGAUCAGGAAGCUGCAGAGGAUGAAGAGAAUAGUGGGGUUGGUGGGGGAGCGAGGAAGAAGCUGAGGUUAUCCAAGGAGCAGUCUGCGUUCCUGGAGGAUAGCUUCAAGGAGCACAGCACACUGACCCCAAAGCAGAAGAGUGAUCUAGCAAAGCGGCUCAAUCUUCGAGCACGCCAAGUGGAGGUCUGGUUUCAGAACAGAAGAGCUAGGACAAAGCUGAAGCAAACUGAGGUGGACUGCGAGUAUCUGAAGCGAUGCUGCGAGACGCUCGCGCAGGAGAACCGAAGGCUUCAGAGGGAGGUGGCAGAGCUGCGUGCCCUGCGGACCGCCCCGUACCCGUUCUACGGCCAUCUACCUGCAUCAGGGUUCAGCACUGCCCGCGUCUGCCCCUGCGAUAACAAGGUCAUCACAGCUCACCACCCCGGUAUCACCACAUCAUCAACGGUAGUGGCACCGCCAUCACCGGUGUCCACCUUGUUCGCCAGGCCUCAAUUCGGACCCUUCACCGUCCACCCGGUGCUCCGCCGCCAGCCAUCCGCGACCUCGUGAGGCACAGGCCGAAAGCUCAUGUGCGUAAUUGUAGAUUGUAUACUGUAAAUAUGGAGUUACUUCGCUGUUCAACCAAAGAUCAAAAUUACCAUUAGGGAUCGAUGCAUCAGUUAUACUAUUGUACAUAGAAAGAAAGGUAAAGUUUUGUACUCCUAUGAUUUAGUUGAAAAGUAGAGCCGACAAAUUGAUGUUACGAUGGUGCAUAGGAUCUAUUAUUGUGUGUCCCAAUCUAGACCAGCAGAUUUGGAUCUUCCGCGGUUGCGUAAUUGACUCUACCCGCGGACGGAUCCUGUCGUUGUACAAUAGAGUAUGAUAUAUGGCUUGUGUGUACAUAAGAAAAUAUGUGUCAUCCUGGCAUGGUAAAGCUGGCUUUGCCAUUUGUGUGCCAGUGGCGUAUGCUAGUUCUUUUGAAACA